AUGGCCGGUGCGACCGAGAAUCAGCAUACCCAAGCGUCAUCACGGUAUAAACGAAAGUUGACAGAGGCUCGGAGAGAGCAGAACCGACGGGCUCAGAAAUUAUGGCGCGAGAGGCAAAAGAAGCAGCGGGAUGAGGAUCUUAAAGCGAAGGUCCUCGAGCAGUUGAUGCAGGCGGAUUCCAUGAGCGAGGAAGUGGUGCUGGAGGAUAACGACGGCGGUGCCAAUGGAGGAGCAGGAGGAGGCUGGGCUGGAGAGAUCACUCAGAGCACCGGGAUCAAUGCUCCCUUUCAUGAACUACCGGCUCUCGAUGGACCUGUCUCAGCGAGCAGGAUCCCUGGUCCAGAAUAUACGGAUCCAAGUCCUGAGACGCCGGUAAGGCUGGAGCUGGCUGAUCCCUAUAUGCCGUUGCCAGUGGCGGUAUAUUAUUUUGUGCCUCCCGACCCGGACUCAGAGGAUAUGCGGUACGCAUGGCCCAUCGACGAAGAUAUAACGCAGAAGAUCUACGUUAAGCCGCCUCCGCAUCGGAAAGCAGGAGGCAGUCUGGCGAACACGAGCUCGCUGUCAUCAUUAUCUCACUCUGGCACGACGCCCGCUUACUCAUACCCACCGCCCUAUCCACUAUACCCAGUCACAAGCAUCGGCACGCACACACCUCAGUCCAUAUCGACGAACAGCGAGGGAACCCUACCGUCGCCCUACAUCAACCAUCUCCAACUAGUUGGUGAAUCAUGCUUCUCAGCAACAUUAUCCAUCGCGACGUGCCUGGGCAUCCCACGCACAUCGUACAUCAACGAUCACCCAUCACCAUUCACGACGUCAUCCAACAGCGCCAUAUCAUCAAUACCGAUCGACCUCCGGCCGUCAGGCUUCCAGCUCAUCCUCGCGCACCCAUGCUACCUCGACUGCAUCCCAUUCCCGCACUUCCGCAACAUGGCGGUGUACCUCUCGAGCCUAAAGAAACUCGACCACUGCAGCCUAUUUCUGGACCUAAUGCACGAUGGUCUCGUGUGCUGGGGCCGAGCACGCGCGAACGGCGGACAUGGCAGGAGCAUGCGCGACGGCGUUGCGUGGAGUAGGCGGAGUUGGGAGGCGAAGCCGUGGUUUUGGCGCAAGUGGGGCUGGUUGGCGAGGACGACGAUUGAGGAUGUUGAUAGUGGGGUGUUUUCGCAGGCGGCGGUAGAUGAUGAGGUUGACGAUGAGGAUGGCAUGUUGAGCGGUAGCCAGUGGUGGUGGUCUCAGCAGACUGAUGACGAGGCUGAGCUGCUGUUGGGAGUGUCAAGCAGGAGGAGUGCUGGAUCAAGUAGUGCUGGCGUUGGUCGUAGCGUGGGAGAUCAGGAUCAAGAGGAAUUCGGCAGCAUGCUUAGUCGAUUGGUGUCGUGCAAUGUGGGGAUACGCAAUAUGAAGGAUGUUGUUCUGUGGGACUAG